AUGGCUCCUUCUUCUUCCACGAUAAAAGCCCAGGGUAUCAAGAUCGAAAAGGAUCCAAGCCAUAUUACACCGCUGCCGCCAUAUGUGGAAGAUCUACGGAAGCUACUACUCAAUUUCAGGGAGAUCUUGCCGCACAAUCAGAAGCCAGAAUUGGAGCUGCUCUAUAAAAGAGACAAGGACCUCUUGAAUAAAAAAUUUCGGCUGAGAGAGAAUAUCUACUGCGAUUCUGCCCACCCGAUAUAUAAAGCAAGGUGGGAAGCAGCUAUGGCGUUGCGCAACAAUGCAAAGCAUCUGCGGGAUAGAAAUAAAGAAGAUGCUUGGACUAAUUUGAUAGGGGGUACCGUAUUCGAGAAAAUCAAUCAUCAAGCAUCCGACGAAGGCAUCCUUCUCAAAGAUCUGUUGUCUUGGGGCUCGGAUGAAUUAUUCACAAAUGCCGUCGCUAUUCGAAGACAAUUUCCUGAUGGCAAGAAUCACAUGCCGAAACCGGAUUUUUGGUUUGGCCUAGGUCUUUACAAUGACAAGAAACUUUCCCGGCUGUCAGGUCUUGAACUUAAGGAUAAAGGCAUUGAAUAUUUCACAAAAGAAAAGCUGGUGUGCAUCAAAAGAAACCAGAACAAAACUCUCAUAUGUCAGCCUGGUACUUCGGAAAAAGCCGGUGCCUUUCCAUGGAUGGUCGUCGAAUUGAAGAAGGAAAGAGGAGACGAGAAAGAAUGUCUCAUGCAAGCUGCAAAUGCCAGCUAUACUAGCCUGAAGCUAUGCGAAGGGCUGGCAGCGCCAGCGAUGAAAGACAUACCUCCUAUAAUCGCUUUCACUUCUAUCGGACCCGAAGCUAAGAUCUUCAUCACUUACAAGUCUGAAGAAGACGCUAAGGAUGGGGUAUAUCGUUUUUCUUGCAUAUGGAGCGGCAACAUUGAAAACAUCUUGCAUGCUUUGCAAAUUCGACGUAUUGUUGAUCAGCUGAUGUACUGGGCAUUGAGAAUCUUCAAGCCGUGGGUGACCGAAUGUUUGGAGCAUUGGUCUAGGAAGAGAACGGAGGACGAAGGCGACGACGAGACGGACGACGAGACGGACGACGAGACGGACGACGAAACUGAAGACGGGACGGAAGAGGAAUCUGAAGCGGAAGCGUAG